GCCGCUGAAAAGCAAAGCGCGAUUGAAUGGAUCAAGGAGGAUGCGCAGGCCAAGGGCAUCAUAUGCAGAAAGCUUUCUGCCGUUGUCCAAGGUAUGCUCAGCGAGUCUUGGACUGCGAGGGAACAGUGGAACACCUUGGCGACUCAUUUUGGACGGCUUGACGUCACGUCUCAAUUUGAGCUUCGUGCACAAUUGUUCGCUGAAAAACUUAAGGACCCUGACGACGCACCCUGCUACAUCAGCACGUUCGAAAAUGCCAGACGUCGAUUCGCGGAGAUGGCCAUCAUAGUGACUGAAGACGAGCUAGUAUUCCUCCUUCUUCACGGCCUCCCGCACACUCCAGACUGG